ACCGAACCGAAGUAAAUAUGGAUUAAGAAUUGUAGUUAUAUUUUACUAAGCGAAAUACCAAAAAUCGAAAAAAAAAACCGAACUUAAACCGAACCGAUAUCCGGAUUGAACACUCCUAACCGGGAAGGUUAUAUUAGCCCAAAUGUAAUGUAGAGAUGCAAACUUUGCAAAAAAAAAUAUUGUCGUUAUUACCUUAACAAAACUGGUAAUAAUUAUUGAAAUAAAUAAAUAAUCUAUUUGCUAGGAAAAUAUAAAUUAGAUUUAAGAUGGCACUAUUGUAACUAGUCAUGUUGGGAGGGGGAAAACAUAUCCUUAGAUCGAGUAUAUAUUAUAUUGUCGUGUCUUCGAUCUAGGGUUUACUUAUACAGAACAUGGAUCCCAGUGCCAGCAUGAUUGAUACGGUUGAUGGCGAGCUCGAGGUGACGCAACACGUGGAGGCUUCUUUGUCGGAUAGCGUUAAGCUUCCGACCAAACGCAAGGCCGAGACGUCUCCGGUGGCGGAUUCUGUCGAAGGCGAAGGAAACCGACAAGAGGAGGAGGAAAAAGACAGCGGAGAAAGCGACCAGGUUUGGGAUGUCGACAGUUUCGAGUCAGACUACUCUUCGCCAGAGGAGGCGGCUUCGAACACGGACGAAUUUGAGCUGCGUCGUUAUUUGCGUCAUCUCUACGAGAGCGGGGGUUUCUUGUUGGAAAGGGAGAUGGUUCCCAAGAAUCUGUUUCAAGGGUGGCGCCCUUUGAAUCUGGACGCCCUAUUCAAAGAUCCCAAUAUCACGGGGCGUGACUACAUGGAGACUAUGGCUCGAGUGGCGAUUGACAAAUACAACCAAACAAAGAAUAAGACUGUGACGCUUGACCAUAUCGUGAGGGCCGUGAUAAGGAUGAGCAUUGGAGUCAAAGCUUAUAUUACUUUCAUGGCUAAGGAGUGUCCUGAAGGAGAGCUUGUAGAGUAUCAAGCUAAGGCUGAGAUCAGGGUGUGGCAGACUAAGAUUCAUCCCAUCCUUUGCAGACCCGCCUCCUCCUCCUCCUCUUCCUCCUCCUCCUCCUCCUAAAGACUGUUGGUGUUUUCUUGAGCUUUGCUUCCCUCUCGAGGAAAGUAAUAGAAGCUACUUAUUAUGUUGGAACCUUUAUAUUAAGUAAUUGGAGUUUGUGUAAUGGUGUUAAGCUAUAUAUUUAAAAGCUGUAAGACCUUAAUUAUGCUAAGUUAUUAUACUCUGGUUUUAAAUUGUGUUGAUGGUGCUUAGUCUCAUAUUAGUGAUCUUGUUCAAUCAGUCUAUUACAAUUAUGCUAAGUUAUUAUACUCUGGUUUUAAAUUGUGUUAAUGGUGCUUAGUCUCAUGUUAGUGAUCUUGUUCAAUCAAGUCUAUAAUAUAAAUCAUAAUGUCUGCUUUAACGAUGUGUUGUCUCAUUUUAUUGCUUACCUUUUGAUAAUUACGUGUUUAACAUAGUUUCCCUUGUAAAUGCCAAAUUAACCGAAGAUGGUGACGAUGUUGUUGUUGAUGUCAAGCUUAUCAGCGGCAGUGGCGGUAGCACAAGUGGGGAAGAGAGGAAACGCAAACGCAGGAUGGUUACCAAUUUCCGGCCAAGUGCCAAGAUUCUGCGAUCAGAUAACCGGAGCUCUAAUCGCCGGUUUAGUGGCACUGAUCCUCCAUGUGUUCUUGCCAUCUUCUCUAUCCACUCCGUUGUAGACCCUUUUCUUCUCCGAAAAUCUUGGAUCAAAAAUAAUUACUAGAGAUUCCAAUACGAAAUCCUCUCGUAUAAUUACAUAUAAAAGUUUCGUACUGUUGACUUUUCUUUUUCA